AUGAAUAAUCUUCGAUAUGGCUAAAUUGUCAGAAUUCAGGGGGAUUAUGGAAUGAUAGUCACCAAGGGGUAUAGUUUUAUGGUGAUAAUGUUAGAUACACUCAGACAAAUGUAUAUUACAUGACUUUCACAAAUUUGGCCAAGAUAAGCAAUUUUCGGGAGUCAUUAUUUUAAGUGCUUCCCAAGGGGAGCUUUGAAAUUCAUGAUGAAUUCAUGAAAUCUCAUAAGAAGUAAGCAAGCAAGUGUGAUUAAAUUAGAGCAAACCAGGAUCUGCUUGAUUAACGACUGAAGACAGAAUUGAACUAAUAUUUUUCUUUUGUGGAAACCAAGAUGGAUGAGGAGGUUCUGUUUGGUCAGGAGAUAGUAUUGAAACAUUUUGAUUCGGAAUACUUUUUGGUUGGAUCUUACAAGUGUUCAGAAUAGUCGAUGGAGGCAUUUCAGGUAAGUCUGAGUAGCAAGCCUUCGAGUCAGGCAUUGUUUAGAAUAGAAGCAUAUUAAACGUAUCAAAAGGAUGGUUAGCAGAUAUACUUUGAUGAACCUUUCUUAUUGGUGAAUACGAAGCAAUAAUUUUGUUUGGAUUUUAUUGAGAAACCAAUACAAUGGUUGGAUGAUGAAAGUUGUUUGGCCUAUAUUAAGCGAUUAAAUGACGUGCAAAGACACCAGGUGAUAAUUACUCAUAACAGCAAGACUAGUUGGAAAAUGAAGUUAUUUAUGCGGAAUGAUUAGAGAAUCGAAAAGAAAUCGAUAAGGAAUUACGAAUUAAUAUAUUUAUAAUACACUGAAGAUGGAACUUAUUUGAAUGGAGAACAGUAGAUCGUUUCAUUAUAACAAGCAGGAUUGAACAUUCCAUUGACAGCCAUUUGGGAAUUACAAGUAUUAUAACCGACUAAUGAUACCAAACGCAAUCAACCAUAGUUAAACAAAGAUAACUAAAGAGGAUCAGUUUUCUAAAAUAACUUUGAUUUUUUGAAGGAUUUUUCAAGGGUUGCACCAAGACAGAAGAGUGUUGUUGAGUACUAAUAAUAAGCCUAAUCAUAAGUCACUAAGAAAACUCCCCAGUAGGAAUUCAUCCUUAGGAAUUACAUCUCAGGUAAAGUACUUACCUCUCGAGGUUAAUUGCCAUAAUUGCAUGAGUAUAUUUAAGAGUCCAACUAAGUAGUGGAAAUCUUGCCUGCUAAGUAAGGGUAGCAGGAGAUUGUAGAGAAUUCUUAUAUUCAAUUGUCUGUCGAUAAGGAGUUAUUAUAGAAUGUUGAGAUUGAAGACUAAUGGAAUGAUAGUAUCAAAGAGGAUGAAGAAAUAGAGACUACGGUGAUAAAGAAAUAGUUGACUUUUGAGGAGAAGGAACACUAGCAUGCUUUCCAAAUCAAAAAAGUCAAAGGGAAUAUCAAAAACAAUUUAAUGUUCGUGUUAUCAGCCCAAGAAGUGCUGUUUCAAUUUGUUUUGAUUUUGAACAAACAAGUUGACAUUAUUUGGAAGUUGCUUCAUGCUUAAUAAUUAUCAUAGGUGGUGGAAGUUAUUCAAUAAUUGAUUCAAUUCUUGUAAUUCGAAGUGGCCAAUCGUUAAUAAUGCAUCAAGGAAACUUACAUCAUCGAUUUGGCAAUGAAGAUCUUGGUGCCGAUAUAUGAGAAGAAGCUGUAUGCCACUGAUAUUAAGAAUUUACAAAAGAAGAUGAAAAAGAUAUUCAAAUUAACCUAUUAAUUGAUUAAGGAGUUAACGUAGAAUAACAAACAACUUAAGUAAGAUAUGGGAAAGUAUUUGAAAGAUUUUUUAGAACAAGCCAUGGAUGACGAAGCAAGAGCUCAGGACAGUUUGAAGGAAUUGUUAGAAGACAAUUAUGAAUCUAUUUAAAAGUUUGUCACUGAUGAUCAUAUUCAGAAAGUAUUCGAGAAAAUGAAACAAAAUCCCAAUGAAAAAUAUUUAUCAAUUCUAAGCAGUAUUUGUGUUUGCAAAGGAAGAGCUAUUUUGAAGAAUCAAAUUUUAAUUUUAAAAUUAGUAUUUCAAAGCAACGAAUUGUUGAAUUUUAAAUUUAGAUUGAAUACAAAAAACAAGGUUGAGGUGCUCUGCAGGAUCAAUAAAUUAAAACCCAUGUGGCGACGAAUUCGUUAGAUAUACUAGGAAAGUCAGGAGUAAGAUGGAUUGUAGACCUGGAAUUACCUUUAGGGCUAUUUCAAUCUCUUAGGAGAUGUGUGUUAUAACAGGAAUAAAUUGGCAUAAGACUUUGUUAAGGAGAACAUCUCAAUUUCAAUUUUAUUAGCCUUGGUAGAAGAUAGUCAUUCUCAAUCUAUAAACACAUUCGAGUCCUAUUUAAAAGUAAUUCAUUUGGCAUUUGUAGACACUCCUGGAUAUCAAACCCUUGUGAUUAGCAAAGUCAUAGAUUGGGAGGAGAACGAAUAAAUUUCAAUAGAGAAGAGAAUGUCAAUGAGAAGAAUCAAUAGUUUCGGUGGGUUUAGUAAUCAUUUGCCAUUGUAAAAUGUAAGUGAUCUCAACAACAUCAUAAAGUAUGUCCAACAAUUUAUCGCCAAAUUCACUCAUUUUACUUAUGAUUAGAAAUAUAAUCAGACCCUGCAAAGAGUGUUAAUGAUAAUCAAAACCUUAUUGACAAUGAAUCUAGAAAUAGACACUAUGCAAUUAUUAUAAGAUUUGCUGAGGAUUUGUUCAUGCCAGAAGGAUUUCUAAAAUUUAGAAUAAUAAAAGGGAGAGGAGAACAUCAAAAAGGCUAAACAUAGGAUGACUAAGGUGUCAUCAGAGAACAAGCCAAUAAUGGAAUGCAAGAUGCUAGCCUCCAAUAUCAUCUUAAAUAUACUUGAUCUUGAGAAUGAUAUCAGGAUUAAUGAGAUGGUAGCCUAUUUUAGAAGUAAGAGAGGAAGCGAUUAUACUAAUGAUUCAGCAAAUAAUUCACCUCCUAAAAAGGGACUAAUCAGUGGUAUGGUAGACUUUGUCUAAAGAUUUUCGCAUAAACCUCCUGAAGAAUAAUAGUAAUUAUUAGAUAACAACAGUUCUGUCUUCAAAGAUUUUGCUAAAAGUUUAAGUGGUUCUAAAGACAAAACUGAACAAGAAUCUUAUAACAUUCCUUAAUGGAUUCAAGUCAUCAAAGAUUUACUAGAUAAUAGAAAUUUAUUCAAAAACUUCAAUAAUAAUGUGAUGUUGGUAUUUGUGGAAAUUUCUCUGAUGCAGGAACCAAAAAUGGUUGAAACAGCCUUAUAAUUAUUUAAUAGAAUGCUUGGUUAGAGAAGAGAGUUAAUUAAGCAUUUCUCACAGAUUGUAUUGCUAUCUAAAAAUUGUUAAAAGAACGUAAAAGAAUUGAUUAGUAAAUGCAUUCAGAUCAGACAACGUUUAGAAUAGUUGAGUGAUAAGAAUGUGUAUACAAUUACGAAGGAGAACUAAAGUACUUCAAACAUAUAAGUUGAUGAGAUAAUUGAAGAUCUCAAUAAAUUGUGUGUGUCAUUGAAACUGCAGAAGUUUACAAGUCAGGUUGUUCAAAUUUCAUUGGCUUUUAAUGAGUGUGAAGAGAAUGACAAAACAAAUCAAACUUUGUUUAAAGCAUUGGAUAUGCAUCAAACAUUAGUUACUUACAUUUCUGGAGCAGAUGAAAUAAACCCAUAUUUGUAGGGGUUAUUGAAUUCCUGUUAUAAAUUCUUGACUCUUUUCAUUUGGAAUCAUGCAACCAACAAGAUUGAAAUAAAAUGGCCAUUAAAGUAAAUUUAUUUCCAUUUGUAAUACAAUUCUUGUUGCAUUGAUUUUGUAAGAGAACUCUAUCACAACAAUAAAGAGUUGCUCUACAAUGAAAACGAAGUGUCUGUGGCUAUUAGGUCUAUCAUCCAAUAGAUGAAUAAGGAAAAGCCAGAUAGUAUGUAUAGGGUCAAACUGUUUGAUUCCCUAAGAGUUUUCUUGUAUGAUCACAACAAGACAAUCAAAUUCAACCAAUUAUAAAUCUUAGCCUUGCUCCAGCAGAAGCAGAAUAGGAAUUUAAUCUACGUUCUCAAUGACUUAUAGUCUGAAUUUUCAAUGGAUUCCAUCGGCAAGCCAGAGACUCCUUUAAUGAAAUCAAAGGUUUGGGACGCUGAGAGUUUCCACGAAUUAAUUGAUGACUAUAGUGCGAAUUAUGAGAAGAUGGAGGAAACAAAAUUGUUGCAUAUCCAACCUCAAUUGUAAUACAUGGUGAUACAUUUUGAGAUUUUCAGUUUACUAGUUGAAGAUCAGUAUAAAAUAUUCAUAUAUUUAGUAAUGUCAUUAACCAGGAGAAAUGUCGAGUCAUGCACCCUUACCAUUCCUUAUUAUUUUUGAUGAAGAACUCUUAUCAAAGCAAUUGUUGGCCAUUACAGCACUUCCUGAGAAGUUACAUGAACCGUCUUUACUACAAUAGUCAAAUGGAAUUAAUAAGUCAACUGUGUAUUUAGGAAGAUCUAGAAGUAAGAGUAAAAUUAAUCUUAGAUCAUCCGACAUCAACUGGAUCAAAUUCUACUAUUGAAGGGUUGCAAUUACAUCAAGCAAGUUUAAAUUGUUGAUGGUGUUAGAUUUUAAUUUAUGUUCUCAUAUAUCUUUGCUUGCAUGUAGGAGAUAUUGUAUUCGAUCAACCUAUUGUUUCUGAAUGACAAUUUUCUAUCUGAGUUGGAAGCACAAUUGAGCAAGGAUAUCGAGAGUCUCAGAAUCCAUUAAUUGUUAUUCAAGAUUGCAGGUCAUUUGGUUCAGAUCUAAAAAAUGUGGUUCAAAUCAAGUCACAUAACUCACUUGUGUUAAGUUCUGAUAAACAUCAUGAAGAUAGUGUUUAGAACAUUCGACAUUAGUGUAUUAUUGAGAUUAGAAAAGGUAUUCAAUGGAAAUGUGAGUGAACCACAAACUCCAUUAAAACAGGACGAGAUUUAGGAGAAGGAAAAGGAGAAUCUUCAAACUGAUUAGAACGAAUAGAAUGAAUAGGAUGGCAUAAUAAAUAGGUUGCUGAUUGUAACUGAAACAAAGUUGUCGCAAGAUGAAAAGAUUCAAUCAAAUCUUCAGUAAACACUAAAGAGGAUCUUCCAUUUGAAAUCCAAAAAGAGACUAUCAGUAAUAGAAGAACCUGACAAUAAUGCAGAACUAAACAUCAGGCUGAUGAAAUUGAUUAAACUAUUCAGUGAGAAUGAAGAAUUUUAGGGAUUCAUUGAAUAGGAAUUCAAUUCGUUAUGUGGUGAAUUCACAAAAAUUGAUGAGUUCUCUUUGACAGCCUAUCAAACUUAAUAUCCAGCAAUUACUUUGGAAGAGUUCUUAAAGAAUUUGAUAUAGAUGAAUAUCACUCAUCAAUUAAAUGAUGAUUUAAGAAGUUACUUCUUAAAAGUGUUAACAAGAAUGAUUAGCGAAAAGAAUCCAAAUAUCGACACCUAAGACGAAUAAGCCAAGUUGGCAAUAGAUGAAUGGGCACCUGAAUUCUGGAGUGAUUCCAGAUAAUAGAUCUAAGAAAUACAAUGCUUUUUGGCUGGAUGUGGAGCAGCUCAAUUGAUUUAUGAAAUGUUCAAGGAGAAUUUCGAUGAUAGAUGGGAGUUAUUUAAUUAGUUAUUAAUAUUUUCAAAUGCAUUUCUAUUAGGAGGCAAUACCAAAUGCUAAGAUUCGCUGCUGUAAUUAUUGAAACAGGAUUCAUCCAAUCAAAUGAUGAGCAACUUACAAUAAUCUAUUCUUAAGUUUAGCAAAUUUGUUAAUACUAAUUUCAAGAUUUAGAAGACCAAAUUUUAGAAAGACAAGCAAAACCCAUUCCUUUCCAUCGUUUACGUCGAUAAUUUAACACAAUUUAGCGAGAAGACUGAAACCUUAAAAAGGUCUUUGCCUUCUGCCAUUGAGAGUUAAAAUACAAUAAAAAAUAGAUAAUUAUCUAUCAAAGUGAUGUGGAGAGCAUUCAGAAUGUUGCAAUUGAUGUGUGAGAAUAAUAAUGUUCAGAUGAAGAACUAUCUAAGAGAAUAGACAGAUAAGGAAGAUUCAGUCCACAUCAAUAGUAUUAAUUUUAUUGAGUUUGCUACCAAAGAGUUGAGAAUAUUAUUGAAGAUAUUGAAUAAGAAUGUGGUAUCAAUUACUUAACAAAUAGUGGAUUUUAUCAAUGAAGUCAUCCAAUUGCCAUGCUUUUUAAAUUAAGUCACAUUAUGUAAAUCAACAUAUAUGGAGGAUGUAUGUUUUACAUUUGAAACAUUUUAAAAGGAGGAAAGCCAAUUGAUUCAAAGGGAACUCCAUACUCCAGAAGAACAAGAUGAGUUAUUUGAAUUACAAGCCAAGAUUAUUCAAUCAAUUAUGUUGGUUUUAGAAGGGAAUAACCAAAAAAAUUAUGAGGAAUUAUAAUAGAAAUUGGACUCUAGGUUUUUGGUUAAUUUCAUUAAAUUAAUUGUUUAGAAGGUAGGCAUCGAGAAGAUAUUCGAUUUUAAGAAAGAAGCUAGAUUCUCUGAUGAGAUUCAAUAGAUGUUGAAUGUUUUCAUAAUCAAGGAGAAAAUAGAGUAUGUUAGUAAGGAUUAGAAGUGGGUGAAGCAUUUUAAGUAGGAAUUUGAGAGCAAUCCAACCUUAAAAGAUAUUUAGACUAUGUGUUUGAAUAAUUUAAGAAAGAUUGAAAUUUUCUAUGAGAAUGAAUAUCAAAUGGUAUUCUUCCCUGCUCAUCCAGUAUUCCAAUUUUUAAGUGAUGAAACGAGGGAUAAAAUAAUGUUCAAAAUACCACGAGACACAUAGAGAAAGAAGUUGAUAUCUUUAUUAGAGGAAAUGGAGAUGAUUUUUAGGGAAAUCAGUUACAAUUUCAGUUUAUAAAAUUGGAUAUUGCCAAUAACCCAUAAGACAAUUCAACUAUUAAUAAAUAUCUCAUAAUUAUUGUCAUUAAUUAUUAAUAUUUUUAUGAUAUUUGCAUAUGCAGUAAUGAUAAAAGAUAAGCAAUCAACAUUAGUGACAGACGACUAUGAGGAAGCAACGUUGUUUAUUUUAUCCUUAUUGCAAUUUAGCUUCAGUUUAUGUGCAUGUACAUUUUACAUAAUAAGCAGAGCAUCAUUGGAAUUCAAGAAACUUAAAUAAGAGUAAUUCUCUUUGACUAAAAUUCACUCUUAUAUAAUUUAAAAGAUAUCCAAUUUCAUUAUUGUUUUCAAAGGGGAAGAUUUCCUGUCUCAUAUAUCAUUUACAGCAAUUGCAUUUUUAGGGUUAAUCUCAAAUACAUAUUACUUUUCCUUGCACUUGUUCUAUUUAUUUGGAUAAUUAUCAUUAUUGCAAAGCGUGUUUUAAGCAAUAUCUCACAAUGCAAAAUAACUAUCUUUGGUAGCUUUGCUUGGAGUGUUGUUCUAAUUUGUAUUCAGCAUAGUGGGAUUCAAUAAUUACGUGGAUGACAUUUAUCCUGAACAAGUGGAGGAUCCUUGUCAUAGUCUCAUAAGUUGUAUGAUAACCUUGAUGACUUCUGGAGUGAUUGGUAGUUCGAUGUCAUAAUGGGAUCCCUUGAAAUUCAUCUAUGAUACAGUUUACUUCGUGUUCUUUGCACUAUUGUUCACCAAUAUCAUCUCAGGUAUAAUGACUGACACUUUUGCACAAUUGAGAGAUUAAAGAACCCAGAUAGAGGAUGAUAAGAAAAACAAGUGUUUCAUCUGUGGAAUUGAUAGACAAACCCUCGAAAAGCAGCAAGAAGACUUUGAAGAGCACAUCAAGAGUAAGCAUUUCUUGUGGAAUUACGUUUUCUACAUUUAUUGUCUCUAGAAUAAGGAUUCCACUGAAUAUACUGGAUUAGAGUACUGGAUAAUGGAUAAGGUGCAAUCUGAGAGUGUUAGUUGGUUUCCGAUCAGAUCUGAGGAUGAAGAUGAUCGUACUAAAUAGAUUGAAUUGUUGUAACAAAAGAUAGAAGACCUGGCAUAGUAAUUAAAGACUUAGUUGUUGCAGCAACAGAUUGAAGAAUGAAUAAUUU